UAAAUUAUAAAAUUUAAUUUAUUGGUUAGAUAGAAAUUGACAGGACCGAUUGAAAUUCCAUCCAUGUAUGGUGUUAGCUCUAUUUAUUUUUGUCUAUGACAAUGACAUGACGUCAGUGAUAAAUAUUUUGAUUGUCAUUCUGUGAUUAUAAUUUUGACAAGUAAAUACCUGGACAACUUUUGUUGUUGUUAUUGAAAAAUAAAAAUAAAAAACCAACUGAUUUAAUAAGAUGUCAAAUUAUCAUGAUGAAAUGGGCUGGGAACCAUUGGCUGAUGGUGCAGCACCAGAUCAUGUGUCACAAUUUGCUCAAUAUUUACGUGACAUUGGUCAAUGGGAUUUACUUGGUGUUCAUGAACAGACACCACCACCAGCAUCAAAAACAGCCAUUGAUAAUCUCAAAGAAAUUAAAAUAACUGAAAAUGAAACUUCAAAAGAUUGUCCAGUGUGUUUAAAAAAAUUUAAAGUUGAUGAUAUUGCUAAAUGUUUACCUUGUAAACAUACAUUUCAUGACAGUUGUAUUCUUGCUUGGCUUGAUAAGACAAAUUCAUGUCCAUUGUGUCGUUAUGAAUUACAAACAGAUGAUGAAAAUUACGAGUUAUAUAAAAAAGAAAAAAAACGUGCAAUUGAACGUGAAAAAGAUAUUGAAAAUUUACACAAUUCAAUGUUUGGUUAAUUAAAUUUUUAAAAUAGCCUAAUAAUUAAAUUAACAUUCAAAUUAAUAAAUUGUACAUCUAUAUUGCUAUAAUUAUAAAAUACCUAUUGGUUUUAUUUUAAAUAAUUAAAUAAAUUGUAGAAAAAAUUUCUUCAACUUAAUCAUGAUGUUUUUUAUAUUUGAAAAAAUAUUUAUAAAUUAAAAAUUAAUCUGCAAUAUUGUUGAUAAAAUUUAAACAACAUUGUGAUAAAAAAUGUUUAAUAAUAAGCAAUUAUAAAUUGUUUUUGUUUUUAACGAUAAAAAAUUAACACACAAUGUUUUUGUUGAGGAUAUUUUAUGUUGCAAUCAAUCAGGCGUAAAGAGACAAAAAUAAAAAUGAUAACAAAUGAGUUGGUGAUUGUAAUGAGUCAUGGAGUUUAAACAAUUCAAUGUUUAAAAUGAGGUAAAAUUCAAAAUAGGUAAAAGGGGUUUUUCCAUCAACUGGACGGCUUUAAUUAUCCAGUGGCAUUAAAACAUGCAAUUAAUUACAAAUGCGGUUUAGUUCAACGAAUGUUGAACAAACAAUGUAUUAUUCUUGAGUUGAAACUAAGGCUAAAUGUAAAUUGUUACGUUUUAGAUGAGGGCCAAGGUAACGAGAGUUAGUGAAUUUUGUGGAAUUACUUUGAAGGGAGGAAAAGAGAUAAUGAGAAAUGAAGAAAAUUGAAGAGGCCAACUAGCAAAGUGGUUAGACUAAAAUUGAGCAAGAAAAGGAGGAUAUUUUCGGCGUCGUCAUUUUCAACAAAUAGCUAGAAGAUUGUCAAGAUUCAUUUUGUCAUUCAAUUGGCCUCUUUUAUAUAUACAUGGACUGUUUAACAUUUACAUUUACGACUCUUCAUUUAUUUCUAAUUUUCUUUUCGUUUUUUUUUCAUUAUACAAUUUCUAUCGAAUUUUAGAGAGUUAAUGUUUUGUGAAUUUGUGAUUGGUUUUAGUGCAAAACUACUGUAGAAACUUUAAAUUACUUGCAUGGAUUAUUUGAUAAGUUUCGAUUGAAAUGAUGUUGAUUUAUUUAUUAUAUGUUAUAUGUUUCGAAUCGAAAUUUAUUUUAUAAAUUUUUUUAAUUAUAUUAAAAAGUCAAUGACAUUAUGAUCAAAUUAAAUUAGAAAAAAUUCAACAAAUAUUUAUUUAAAUAAUAAAAAAAAAAAAUUCAAAACUUAAUUAAUUAUUUUUUUAAAAUAAAUUAUUCUCAGAUUCAUUUUAAACAAAUAAUAUAUUUUUUUUUAAUUUCAAAUAUCAUUUAUAAUUAGUUUUUAAAUUGAAUGAAAUUUUGCUUUACUUGAAUUUUUUAUUGUGCAUAAAUUUGAUAAUAAAAAAAAUAAAUUUUGGGGAUGUAUAAUAAUAUAUUUAGUGGUAAAGAAUUUGAUCUAUAUACAUAGACAAGAGAGUUGAGGUAGUUCGCGCGAAGCGAAUGAUUAUCGGCUGGCACCAAAAGUGCUGGGGGGUCUGGCUCGACUGCCAAAUGGGAAAAUAGCCUAACUAUAUAUACGUUAAAAUAAAAAAAAUAAAAUAAAUGUAAUACUUUUAUGUGAUGAGAAACUCAAAAAAAAGAAAAAAAAAAAAGAAGAUUUUAUAGUGCUGAAAAGUAAAUGCAAUUGGAAAAAA